CUCUUCACAUUACCGACCUUUCUAGCCGACUGUUUCCUCUAUGAUAGCCCACGGAUACAAGCGGGAGUCGGAGGGAUAAGCGGCCUUCCUUCCGUCCCUUCCUGCUUCCGGUUGAUGGGUUAUUUCCUUUAGUUCUGUAUGACAGCAGUGUCCAGUCUUGUUGUGUAUAGUUAAACUGGAGCUUCUUAACCUCUUGGAAUUUUCCCCAAUUAGGUGGCAGAAAAGAUGUUUAAUAAUAUUAAAUCCUGGGCUGAAUAUAUUGUGGAAUGGGCUGCAAAGGAUCCUUAUGGAUUUCUUACAACAGUGAUCCUAGCUCUAACACCUCUAUUCUUAGCAAGUGCGGUACUAUCAUGGAAACUGGCAAAAAUGAUUGAAGCCAGAGAGCGAGAGCAAAAAAAGAAACAGAAGCGCCAAGAAAAUAUUGCUAAAGCUAAACGAACAAAGAAGGACUAAGAUGCCAAUCCUACUGGACAGAACUUUUCUCAGCAAGGCACUGUUUUUACAUUUGUAUCUUUGUGUUGUAAUCUUUAACGGAGAUGGAUAAAAUUGACAAUUCCUGAAA